AUGACACCAGCCACCUCCACCUUGCCGCCUAAGUUCAACCCCAAGAUAAAAGCUGUAUAUCUGAGGUGCACUGAUGGGGAAGUCGGUGCCACAUUUGCCCUGGCGAGCAAUAUCGGCUCCCUAGGUCUGUCUCCAAAAGAGGUUGGUGAUGACAUCACCAAGGCAACUAGUGAUUGGAAGAGUCUGAGGAUUACAGUGAAACUGACCAUUCAGAACACACAGGCCCAGAUUGAGGUGGUACCUUCUGCCUCCGUCCUGAUCAUCAAAGCUGUCAAAGAACUGCAAAGAGAAAGAAAGAAACAGAAAAACAUUAAGCACGGUGGAAACAUCACUUUUGAUGAGAUUGUCAACGUUGCCCAACAGAUGAGGCACUGA